UCUCCAGUCAACACGGGACUUGUUUCUGCAUUGAAGGUUUGCUUACAUAUCUUUGACUACCGUCCACACACACUUUUACGGAUCUGUUGGAGAGAAGCCGCUUAACUCCCACACAAUGGCGUCUGAUAACAAAUUGAUGAAGAACGACCAAUUAGUCUCCUCCAUGAUAAGGCAAGGCUUCAUAUACCACCAUCCUUUCCUCUCUUCUCCAUCUCCUCCGUCUAAAAUCGCCGCCGCCGCCACUCUCUCACCUCCGCCGCCCAAUCAGAGCCCGACCCUCUUCGAAAUGAUGGCCAAGGAGCAGCCUCCUAGCUUCAGGCAAUCUCCGGAGGCUUGCCACCGAGCCCAAGAGCGAAUCUCCCGGGUUCUGGCCCACGCGCCCUUCCAAAGCCCUACCAGCGCUAACCGCUAUGGGGCAGGGGAUGUCAAUCUGACGGUGGCGGCGCGUGACGGAGGUCCCAAGGUUUCCAUGGACGUUCAUCGGAGGGUUCUGGUCGCGCGGAGCAGGUUCUUCGCGGAGAAUCUUCGGCAGGAUGGGUCCCACUCGGUGGAGAUCCUGGAUUGCGAUGAUGUUGAAGUGUAUGUGGAGACUGUCGUUCUCAUGUAUUGUGAGGACUUGAAGAAGAAAAUGAUUGGCGAGGGGGUCUCUAAAGUCUUGGGUUUGCUAAAGGUGUGUUCGGCUAUUGCUUUUGAUGAUGGAAUAAGGGCUUGUUUGGAGUAUCUGGAGGCAGUUCCAUGGCAUUCAGAAGAAGAGGAAAAAGUAGUCACUCUUCUGAAUGAACUUCACCUCUCUGAUUCAGCAUCUGAAGAUGUACUCCAGAGAAUAGCAGUUUCUAAUCCUUCAACUUCUUCUCCAGUGGGAACUGAUGAAGUCUUUUUGAAGCUUUUUGCUAGCGUUUUACAGGCUAAAGAUGACAAAGCCCGUAAAGAGAUGAAAACAAUGAUUUCUAGGCUUCUUAAAGACGAUUCCACUGAUGUUCCUCAGGAGAUUCUGUAUCAUAUUUGUCAUGAAUGCCUUAAUUCUCUGCUAAUUUCCCUGUCUGAAGCACCAAGUGUGGAUGAGAAUAUGAAGGACCGCGGAGCCAUAAUGGGCAGGAUAGCUAGAGAGGCAGACAAUGUUCAUUGGGUGGCUGAUAUCCUAAUUGAGAGAAAGAUGGGGGACGAAUUUGUAAUUUUAUGGGCGAAUCAAAAGGAGGUUGCUUCUCUUCAUUCAAAAACACCAACCAUGUACAGGCAUCACAUCAGCAGGAUCACAUCACAACUUUGUGUGGCAAUAGGUAGAGGAAAUAUUCUGGUGCCCAAAGGUGCAAGGUACGAGUUGCUAGUGACAUGGUUGGAAGCACUUUAUGAGGAUUUCGGGUGGAUGAGUAGAGCGGGUAGAUCAAUUGAUAAAAAGGAGGUUGAGGAUGGGUUGAGCCAAACGGUCCUUACUCUUCCGUUGCCCCAACAACAAGAAAUCAUGCUUAGCUGGUUCAAACGGUUUCUUAACAAAGGGGACGAUUGCCCAAAUAUGCGGAAAGCAUUUGAAGUGUGGUGGAGAAGGGCUUUCAUUAAUCAGUAUGUGGUUGAUUCUCAUCAGUUACAGAUAGCUCUUUGUGAUUAUCCAGGUUGAUGGUAUGCUCUACCAUCUUUUCAAAUUUAGAGAUAUGUACAUAUAGGAUGACAUUCUUUUUUUCUAACUUUAUAUAUGUUCCUUUGUUAUUAUUAUUUCCACUGAAAUUAUUAUUUAUAAAUAAAAUUCAAGGAAGAAUAAUGCAGCUCGUAGUCAUCAAGGAUAAAUGGUAGUAUUAUAUAUUCCCAUGUUGUAACCAUCUAAAUAUUUCAUUCUUUUAUUGAAUUUGUAGUGACUAAAUUUCUUGACUGCAAUUACAUUAAACUCCUCAAAUUCAUGGAGGACAGAGCUCUAUGUAAGAAAUGUAAUGACUAUUUAGUGGAACUUGACUGUACCAGGUAUCUUUAUUACAAAAAUGCACCUCAUCUUCGAUGCCCCCAGGAUCGACGUUACUUUUUCGAUUUCUUUGGCUUAUGAGUUGUGGUUUGAACGAUGGGGAAGCACUGAAUUUAUGGAAUAAAAUUUGGAAGUGGAAGGAAAUGCAAAAUGCCAAAGGAAACUUAUUUUCUUGUGUUUUGCUUUACCAUGGAGAAUUAGAUAUGAUGAUUGAUAUUUUUAAUCAUUUUACAUAGAUUUAGAUUAUUUCGUUUCUAUAUGAUAUAAAUGGAUAAAUAAAAUCACUUUGGACAAAUGUUAUAUUAUUCC